AUGUUCAACCUCCGUAGGAUUGUGUUGACAGCCUCGCUCCUGGCGGGCGUUGGCCUGAUCGCAUUCGCACAGCCUGCCGCUGCUGCCAAGGGCCCCAAGAUCACUCAUAAGGUCUACUUCGACAUCCAGCACGGCGAUGAGCCGCUUGGGCGUAUCGUCAUGGGUCUCUAUGGCAAGACGGUGCCCAAGACGGUCGAGAACUUCCGGGCUCUGGCCACUGGCGAGAAGGGCUUUGGCUACGAGGGUUCCACUUUCCACCGUGUCAUCAAGCAGUUCAUGAUCCAGGGCGGCGACUUCACCAAGGGCGAUGGUACUGGUGGGAAGUCGAUCUAUGGUGAGAAGUUCGCCGACGAGAACUUCAAGCUCAAGCAUACCAAGCCGGGCAUUCUGUCCAUGGCCAACGCCGGGAAGGACACCAACGGCUCUCAGUUCUUCAUUACGACCGUCGUCACCUCCUGGCUUGAUGGCCGUCACGUUGUUUUCGGGGAGGUCCUCGAGGGCUACGACAUCGUGGAGAAGAUUGAGAACGUGCCGACGCAGCCUGGCGACAAACCGGUCAAGACGGUCAAGAUCGUCAAGAGUGGCGAGUUGGAGGUACCCCCUGAAGGUAUUCACGUGGAACUUUAG